AUGGCUUUCUUCCCGCGAAGCCUCUAUGAAUCCGACGUCUCUUUCGCUCCCCUCUUCCGUCUCCUUGACGACUUCGACAGCUACUCUCGUCAGGGAAUGAGCGGCCGUCGCACUAGUAUGCCGAGCUGGCAGCCCAAGUUCGACAUCCGCGAGACCGGGGAAGCAUAUGAACUCCAUGGCGAGCUCCCUGGUAUCAACAAGGAGAAUGUCCACAUCGAGUUCACCGAGCCCCAGACUAUGCUCAUCCGCGGCAAGACUGAGCGCACCUAUACUGCCGGUACCCCCCCUGCAGGCCUCAUCGAGGGCUCUACCACGAGCGGAGCUAUUACCGAGGCUGGCGAGGGGGGCAAGAAGGCCAGUGAGGAAGUACACAAGUCCGUCCCACACGAUACCGGCACUGAGGCUACUGAGAAGGAAAAGCCCAAGGCCAAGGAGCCCGUCGACAAGGCCAAGUACUGGCUCAGUGAGCGCAGCGUCGGCGAGUUCUCCCGUAGCUUCAACUUCCCUACUCCGGUCGACCAGGCAUCUGUGACCGCAAGCUUUAAGGACGGCAUCCUCAACAUUGUGGCACCCAAGGCCAAGAAGCAAGAGUCAAGACGCAUUGCUAUCAGUUAA